UGCACGCAUCUCACGCACGCGUCGAAGAACAGACGCACAGCAUACACAUGUCACCUAUACAACGAUCUAGAACAUAACGGCGACAGCCGACUGUGGCCGAUUGGUAGCUAGCAGCCGUAGCAAGUUUCAGACAGGAGUGGCAAAUCAUGUAAGAGUAGAGAACUUCUACAGAAAAGUAGAAUACCAAGGAGGCAGUACGAGGAUUGGCAAGGACUAGGAGGUCUCAGAAGGGUUGGCAGAAUAGGCAGACGUAGGCAGAGUGGCGGGGGUGGGGGUGGGGGAGCCAGAAGCGGAAUGACACGACCCCCUAAUAAUGACAACCUCAUGACCUUUAAGUUGGUCGUCGUCGGAGAUGGAGGUGUUGGAAAGAGUGCCCUUACGAUACAGUUCUUUCAAAAAUUAUUUGUCACUGAUUAUGAUCCGACCAUUGAAGAUAGCUAUAUUCAGCACACAGAGGUCGAUAAGCAAUGGUGCAUCUUGGAUGUGCUCGACACAGCUGGACAGGAGGAAUUCAGUGCAAUGCGCGAGCAGUACAUGCGAAAAGGAGAUGGAUUUUUGUUAGUCUACUCUGUCACUGACAAACAAUCUUAUGAGAAUAUCAUCAAUUUCUAUACUCAGAUCCUUAGAGUUAAGGACAGAGAUGUGUAUCCGAUGCUGUUAGUUGCCAAUAAAGUGGACUUGGUGCACCUGAGAAAGGUCAGCGAAGAACAAGGCAGAGAACUGGCACAUCGCUUGGGCAUACCUUAUAUAGAAACAUCCGCAAAAGAUCCGCCAUUAAAUGUAGAUGCUGCAUUUCACGAGGUUGUGCGCAUUAUUAGAAAUCAGCCUCCAGCAGAAUUGGAGAAGAAUCGGCGGAAAAGAAGGCGCUCGGGCAAGUGCAAUCUUCUCUAAGCUUGAUGAAUUUCGUAGAGUCAUAAGAAACGAAGUUCCAAGUUGAAACGAAGGCUUAAAAGUUGCAUUAUCGAAAUAAUUAAUUCGAUAUUGAUGUUGACUACAUGUUGAAAAUGCAAUGAAAAUUCAAAUCUUGGGUCCAACGACCAAGUGGCAACGUCGUUGCUCGUGCAGGAAGUGUCUGACCAGACUGGCUAGCACGUUCAGGAAUACCACAAGGGAAGGAAAACGAAAGAGGCGUACAUAAGGAUUAACUAAGGAAGAGAGACAGAAGCGAUUAAAUAAAAGAAAAAGAAAAAACAAAGAGCAAGGUAAAGAAGUAAUUAAAGAAAUAAAGGGCUGCGAUCUCAAAAAUAUAAAUCAGGGUCGCCGAAACAAUCGUAAUUCACGAUCGCCGCGACACGUGUUGUUGAUUCCUCUAGCUGUGAUAAAUGUAAAUCAAUGGCACCGCGAAUGUUGAAGAUCAGAAGCGUAAAGCAGUAGACAUCGUAUCGUGGUCAGUUGAUUUAUCUGUCGAUGCACUACCGCCCAUUUUGUCCCUUUUCGAAUGACUAUAAUAACUAACAUCGUGACCGUUGUCUACCGAAGUACGGAAACAGCCAAUUAUGAAAUCGAGUCAUUAAAAACAAUCGUCAUCAUCAAUCGUUUCUUAUGAUUCUUCCAUAGAGCUGUGUGGAUCUUCAAUCCCCAUUAACGAUAAACAACAUUUCCAGCAAUUUGUUGGAAUCAAUUUUAACGGGAACUGAACAAAAAUUUAUAUAAAUCCACCAGUCCUAUGCGCCUCAAAAUUCCAAGAGAAAAAAAUGGAUCAUUCCACCGAUAAACCGAAUUGACAUCCCUAAGUACACGCGUACACAUCAAUUUUCUACCAUUAAAAAAACAUAAUAUGGAAUUGAUCGUUUUUUAUUCCGUAAAUCGUAAGUUUGAGAAGCCUCCUGGCUCCUCGACAUUAAUCUUUGUCAUCAAAUGACUAUAAUGAUUUUGUAUAACGGCUGCUUACUCGAUACGUCUUUCAUUUGUUACAAUAACUUUUAAUUAAGUAUUUUCCUUUUUUUUCCCUGUCCUAUUUUUAUUGCACGCAUGGUUUCGAUUGUUUACGCUGCACUGAUUUUUAUUCAUACGCCAAAUAUAUUUUAGUAAUUAAUAAUACGCAUCCGACGUUAAGUAUGGAAUACAUAUAUAUAUUAUGUAUAAAUAUUUUUUUUAACAAUAAUACCUUAAAUUCUUAUAUUUACCAUAAUUUACAGCGUCACUAUACUCGCUAGAUACAAUAGCAUCUCCCUUGAUUUUUAUUUGCAUUCUGAUUACUCAAUGUUACUUAAAUAUCAAUUUUAAUAAUCUUGAGCUCGAUUAGCUGAAAAUACAUUAGGCAAUACGUUGCCUAAUGAAUCUUAUUCUGAAUCAGGAAUAAAAUAUUUAACGUAAGACAAUAUUGUCUUUCAUAUUCGAAUUUGGCAGAAAAACGAGGGUCUGAUGCUAACUAUAUAUUUAUUAUUUAUCAUUAUUUCUAACAAUCUCUCAAUUUUCCUUAUAUAUUCUUAAAGCUUUCGUUCACAAGUAUCACACGCAAAUUAUUCACAACUGGGAGCAUGUGAUCCAUUAAGUGCAAUUGUCAGUGAGAUCCUAUACGACGAUUUAAGUUUGAGAAACAAGAAAAAAAAUCACUCAGCGGAAAAAGUUCUUUCUAAUAAAUAUUCGUGACAAAAUCAGGCCCUCUUAAACGAUAAGAAAACAAUGCCAUGGCCUACAUUAGUAUUUAAUUGUGAAAAUAUAUAAAUUAUAUAUAUAUAUAUGACAAAAAUUAUAAUUAUAUAUAUAUAUAUGUAUAUGAUAUAUAUAACGAUAUGACAAAGUAUUGUAAUGUUUGUCAAGUAUGUAAACGAAAACGAAAACAGAAUAAUUAUUGUAUGUCAACGCAAGACCGCCGCGCGAAAGAAGCAUGUAUAAAUGCCUACCGGUCCAGAAUGUAAUCAAUUUUAGUUUAUUAUAUAAAUCGUUAAAAGUGCAAAUCGAAUAACGAUCACGUUCAGAAUAAUAACUGUACGUCUGUCCAAAAGUAAACAUACAGAAGGCGUUAGCCAAGAUAUCUGUCCGUGAAUGAGAUAUUAAAAUUAUAAAAGGUACGACUUCUCUCAUAAUCGACUUUGAUAUGAAGGAAUUCAUGCUGCGACGCUAUAAACGAUAAGCAAGAUGAAUCAUUUUGUUAGUUUUGACGCAAGGACACUUAAACGAACACUUGAGCUAUUUAUUUAUUUAAUUCAACUGGGUGCAUGCCUGCACUGCUUUCUUUUAUUUGUACGACAAUAACAUUUCCUUGUUGCGCAAAAAGUAUGGUUGUGUCAUUAAUUCAAAUGUAAAAUGUCUAUUUGAUCAUGGAAAAGAUCGCUCGAGGAUACGUAAAGAAUUUUGUACAGUCGUUCUGUCCGAUUAAUCGUCUAAGCGUCUGCUUUGAUUCAUUCAAAAAGUAAUACGCACAGUGCGUAUCCUAGAUUGAUCUUUACAUGACCCGUAUAUUGAAUUUUGUAAUCUAUCAGUUCAAAGUGCGUGCUAAAUUUGUUUCUUCGUCGCAGCAGACGCACAUACUUGGUUAGGUCCGAUUUCUCCGAUGCAGCUCAAUACGUAAGCUUCGUUAAUCUUCAAAAUGUAUCUGACGUGUUAAUCGCGUCUAGAUAAUGGCUCGUGGUGAAGGAAUCGAGCCUUGGUCAAUGAUUAAUAUUGUGUAUGAAAAAUAAUUGUGAUUAGAUUUUGACGACGCCGACAUUUCCUAUGGUUACGGACGAAAUUUCAUGUAUACGCACAAUGGUGGUCCUUUCGUCGAAUCCGCACUGUAUAAAGUUCAUUGCGCAAUAGAACUUUUGUCAGGAAUAUCUACGUAAUUUGAGAGACACGCGAUAAUGCGACAAGGUAACGAGAUAACUCAGCAUACUAUUGCAUAAAAUGAAAAUUCUAGCCGGGAAACGUAUUUGCCUUGGAUAAAAGUUAUAUUACGAACAAUAUUUUACGCUGAUCGUGAAAACUGAUGACUCUUGUUCGGGACAGCAACAUUCCAGUCACAUUUAACCAAAACUUGUCCCUCCCGUGAAUUUAGCUAUUUUUUUUUGACUUGUUUGAAAAUUUCUUUAAAAAGAGAACGCCUAACCCUGUAAUGGAGACGAGUGAAACUGUCUAAAACGCUAUGAGAAGAAUUGAUAUUUCAAAAAUGCAAGAGUGGUCAGAUUUCAUAAACAUUUCCAGUAUGACUAAAAGAUUAAGGACGAUUUUUAUUACUUGCGAUAAGUUGCGUCACAAUUUUAUGUAUGAGCGUGCAACUCGAAAACAAUGAAUGUAAUGAUUUAGCGUAGUAUUGUACUCGUAAAAAAAAUAUAUAUAUAAAUAUAGAAAGGAAGACAGGAUAAACGAUUGAGUUUCGUCCAAUAUUCACCGGACGUUCCAAUCGAAUAUUCGCAACAAAAAAAGUAAAUAAGCUGUAUCAGGCCAGAAAAGUAUUUUGGCUCCUUCGAAAAUAUCUCACGAUGUGCUAAUGAUCGUAACUGUAAUACAAGUGUACGUACAAUUAAUGUAAUCGCUGUACGAGAUCAGUAUUUGAAGAAAGAAAUAUCAACACCUGCCAGUUUUGACGAUAGAUGAAGAAGAAGAAAAGGUGGAGAAGUAAAUGAAGAGGAAUAAACGAAGAAAAAAUGGCGGGAUGCAGUUGACGCACGACUAGGACAUUAUUUUUUCUCUUUUUUCCGCGACGUGUAGAUAAUGAGUAUCAAUGAUAAAUAAUCAAUCUCGUUACAGUCGUGACGCAAGUAGUUGAAGAAUCUGCUACGAAUUUCAAUGAACUCAAAAUGGUCAAAUGUUACGGUAACCAAUGACCAUCUUGUAAAAAUUAAUGAAGUACUCGAGAAAGAAGUAUAGACUAGACCCAACGUAAAAUAAGUGAUGAAAUCCAGAAUUUGAAAGCUUAUGAAAUGUGUAUUUAUUAUUUUUGCCAACGCUAAAAAAAUGGCGAGAAGAACGAGUGAGAUAUUAAUAUGCAGGCUAUUAACGAUUUUACUCUGUAUUACCGUAUUUAACCAUAUUUAAAUGAGAUCAACCGAGUACGCACACGACACAAUGAACUAACUUAUAAAGGAGAGUGGAUUAAAUUAAAAUAACGAAAUUCGCCAUUAAAUAGUACCGUUUGUGUCCUAGGUAGCUGCGAAGAAGAGUAUAUAUAUUUUGAAAAAUGAUAAAUCCUCCCAAAAGAACGAUUUAAACAAAGAAAUGCUGAUAUACCAAUAUUUUUCGUUAAACUGUAACUGAUUGUGCAGGUCACUGUAUCCAGUAUGCAAAUGAUAAUAAAUUAUAACAUGUGUUUACAAA